CUUGUCCCCCAUGCAUUGGUUUUAAAUAUCAAAUCCUCUUGAGCAUCUUCUUAAUUCAGAUGCCAUAAUAUUGCUAACUAUGGCAGACAAAGAAGCAACUGUGUAUAUUGUAGACGUUGGAAAGUCUAUGGGAAAACGCCGCCAUGGCCGAUCGGUGACUGAUCUUGAAUGGGCGAUGCAAUAUGUCUGGGACCGCAUCACAGAAACAGUGGCUACAGGGCGCAAAACGGCUAUGAUGGGAGUGAUAGGACUCAGAACAGAUGGAACCUCCAAUGAGCUUGAAGAUGACUUGCAUUUCUCUCAUAUCUCAGUUUUAUCAAACAUCAAACAGUUUCUUAUGCCGGACAUUCGGAAAUUGGAGGAUGAGUUGAAACCUAGCCAAACUGACAAGGGUGACGCUAUCUCCGCUAUCAUUUUGGCCAUCCAGAUGAUAAUCACGCACUGCAAGAAGUUAAAGUACAGGCGCAAGAUUGUCUUGGUCACUAACGGACAGGGGCGUAUGAGCGAUGAGAACCUGGACGAGAUAGUCAAAAGAAUCAAAGAGGAUAACAUUGAGCUUGUUGUCAUGGGAACUGAUUUCGAUGACGCUGAGUAUGGUUACAAAGAAGAAGACAAGGACCCACAGAAGGCUGAAAAUGAAACCCUCUUGCGUACCCUUGUGGAAGAUUGUGAUGGAGUCUACGGGACUUUCGAGCAAGCUGUGGCCGAAUUAGACGUCCCCCGCGUCAAAGCUGUCAAGUCCAUGGCAAGCUUCAAAGGGUAUCUUCAACUAGGUAACCCGGAGGACUAUGACUCAGCUAUCCGCAUUCCCGUUGAGAGAUACUACCGGACUUACGUGGCCAAACCUCCGACUGCGAGUUCUUUUGUUCUGCGCUCAGAUCCUGCAGCAGGAAAAGAGGAGGCAGAGUCGUCUGAAGCCGCUGCUGCGAAAAGCGAGAGCCAAUCAGGAGAUACCAAUGCGCUCACAACCGUGAGGAGCAUGCGAACAUAUUAUGUUGAGGACGAAAGCGCACCGGGUGGGAAAAUCGAUGUGGAACGCGAUGACCUCGCCAAAGGGUACGAGUAUGGACGAACAGCAGUUCACAUUAGCGAGACGGAUGAGAAUGUUACAAUUCUUGAAACGUACGCGGGAUUAGAGCUGAUAGGCUUCAUACAGAGUGACCAGUAUCAACGUUACAUGCAUAUGUCGAAUACAAAUAUCAUAGUUGGACAGCGUGCCAAUGACAAAGCCACCCUCGCUCUUUCAUCGUUUAUACAUGCACUGUUCGAGCUAGAAUGCUACGCUGUUGCUCGUCUAGUCAUGAAAGAGAACAAGCCUCCGGUUGUCGUCUUGCUCGCGCCCUCAAUCGAGCCCGACUAUGAAUGUCUUCUCGAAGUUCAGCUACCAUUUGCCGAAGAUGUUCGAACGUAUCGUUUUCCCCCUUUGGAUAAGGUCAUCACAGUUUCUGGAAAGGUUGUCACGCAGCAUCGGAAUCUUCCCAGUGAUGACUUACUCGAUGUGAUGAGCAAAUACGUGAACAGCAUGGAGCUUGUCGAUACGGAUGAGAAUGGAGAUCCUGUGGAGAUAUUUCCUAUCGAGGACUCAUAUUCACCUGUUUUGCACCGGAUUGACUCCGCCGUCCGUGCUCGAGCUAUCAAUCCCAACCAACCCAUACCUCCUCCAUCGGAGAUAUUGACAAAAUUUUCGCAUCCACCAGAGGAUGUCGUAAAGCAAUCAAAUAAAUACUUAGAGAAGCUAAUCGAAAUAGCCGAUGUCAAGAAAGUUCCUCCUAAAGCAAAGGGUCGCAAGCGGACUCGCGAAACGGAGAAGCCGCUCUCUGGCCUCGAUGUCGACUCCCUGCUUCAUCAGGAGAAGCGCUCCAAGAUCUCUGCGAACAAUGCUAUCCCCGAGUUUAAGCAGACCAUCGCACAAGCUGAGAAUAUUGAGGCCAUCAAAGACGCUACAAAGCAGAUGAUGGUCAUCAUUGAAGACCAAAUCAGACACAGCCUCGGCGAUGCUAAUUACGACCGGGUCAUUGAGGAGAUGGGAACGAUGCGUGAUGAGCUGAUAUCUUAUGAAGAGCCAACCUCGUACAAUGAUUUCCUGGGACAGCUCAAGGAUAAGCUGUUGCAGGAGAAACUUGGCGGAGACCGACGAGAACUGUGGUGGCUUAUUCGACGGAACAAGCUUGGUCUCGUUGUCCAGCGUGAGUCGGAUCAAUCUAAAGUUACAGAAGCGGAAGCCAAAGAGUUCAUGUCCGCAAAGUGAAAGCA